AUGGACAUUCCAUCUUAUAUUCAAGUUUAUGUGACUACGAUAUCAAAUCAAUCUCAACCAACGAACCUAGUUUUAGUGAAGAAAUUACUUCAUCAACAAAACUUCGUUUCGUUUUAUCUUUUUAUUUCGUAUCACAUAGUUUUUGUUCGAAUUCAAACACUUUAUUAUUUAGCUGUGCUUCAACAAUAUUCACUCGAUGAUAUAUCAACAUCAAUCAACCCUAGGCAACGAUGUAAUUCUAUAGAUGAAUUAUUCAAUUCAACUAUUGCAUCAUUACCAUUGAUACAACGAGUGAAAUUCUAUCCGUUACUACGUGAAAAUGAGAGUAAGCCUAUGUGUUUCUAUGAUGAAUUGUAUAUGUGUACAUGUACGAAUGAAAAUUAUCCGAAUUGUUUCAAAUUUGCUCAUAAAAGCGAAUUUAAAUGUUCAAAUGAGAACUAUUGUCAAAAUGAUGCAAUGUGUUUACAAGAUGAUCCUCAAUGUCCAUCAAAUAUCAUUUGUAUUUGCUCGGAUUGUUAUUUUGGGACACAAUGUCAGUUUUACGCGAAAGGAUUCGGCUUAACACUUGAUGAUAUUCUUCGAUAUGAAAUUGAUUCACAAUUAAAUAUUUCUCAACAAAAAUUUUCGAUUAGAGCAAGUUUAGUUUUAACAACAAUCAUCUUUUUCUUUGGUCUAAUAAACGGAAUUUGUUCUUCUCUCACUUUUCGAAGAGAAAACUCGCAAAAAGUCGGUAGUGGUUUAUAUCUUUUCUCAUCAUCGAUCACUUCAAUGUUAACAAUGGCUAUUUUAAUCAUCAAAUUUUUGUAUUUUAUUCUUUCUCAAUUAAAUAUUAUUGAAAAUUCUCUUAUUCUCUACAUUGGUUGUAAAUCCAUUGAACCUUUACUUAAAAUUUUUCUUGCGACGGAUACAUGGUUCGAUGCAUGUGUUGCCAUCGAACGUGCGAUGACCAUAUUUCACGGUGUGAAAUUUAAUAAAACUCAAAGUAAACAAAUAGCGAAACGAAUUUGUUUUCUUCUACCAAUGAUAAUUCUUUUAACAUUUCUUCAUGAACUAAUCUAUCGAAAUCUAUUUAUUGAUCCCGAGGGGCAACGCACAAUGUGCGUUACUCAUUACAACCAUUUCUUGCAAAAUUACAAUUCAACAAUCAUUUGGAUUCAUUUUCUUAUCCCAUUUUUAAUCAAUCUAUGUUCACCUUUGUAUGUUAUUAUAAAUAUAAGGUGUUUACGAAGUACAGCACAAAAGAGUCAAACAUAUUUUCAGCAUUUAUCUAAAGAAUUUCUUGAACAUAAACAUAUCUUAAUAAGUCCGAUUAUAAUUAUCAUUUUAUCAGUACCACGUUUGGUCAUUUCACUGAUGUCUACUUAGCUCUGUCGUGCAUCAUGUCCUUCGGGUUGUGGUCCUCUCUGUGCAUCAGCCAAGUGUGUUAAUAAUACAUGUCGAAGUGUUGGUCCGUGUUCGAUUUGUCAAUGCACAAAUGCAAGCCAAUGCGCACAUCCGAUGAUAUGCGAAGAUUGCAAAAUAGGUUAUGGGCCAUUCUGUGCUCAAUCAGUGUGUAUUCAUGGAAGUUGUCACAUAAUUAGUCCAUGCUCAAAGGAAAUAAAAAAUACCACUCAAGAAUGUAAUUCAUGCUUUCAUCCUGAUUACUGUGAAGCGACAUGUCCCAAUGGAACAUAUCCACUUUGCGCUGAUUCCAAGUGUGUCAAUGGUAAAUGUGUUCAAAUAGCUCCAUGUUCGCUUUCUUUGAAUAAGCAACAAUGA